CUAGAUAUACGAAAUGGGUAAAGCUCAAAGCAAGCGAUCAGUUGAUAUUACUACUGAUAACAAAAAGGGCGGUGAUGAAGAAGUCACAGAAAAGUUGGAAAAAAUUGAAGAUGUUGAUAAGAAGGAUUUAAAUGGUGAUGCAACUGUUCCGUCAUCUUCAGAGAAUAAUGAAACCAAUGGUGAAGUGGAAAAUGAUAAGGAUAUGAAAACGGAGAAAGCAGGAGAUGGUGAAGAUAGUGGAGUUAAUGCAGAUGAUACCAAAUCACAAGCCUUGGAGACGAAGAAUGAUGACACAACUGAAGAACUUUCUCCUCUUUCCGAUGAAUGUUCAAAAAAGUCCAAAAAAGAAAAGGUUAAAAAGAAAUGGUCUUUUCGUAGUAUUUCUUUUGGUAAAAAAGAUAAACAAAAGCCUGGUAAGGCAGAAGAAGGCUCGGAAAAUCCUGUCGGGGCAGUCAACGGAUCUGAGGACGAUAAAAAUAUUGGUUCUACCGAAUCACAAGAUCUACAGACUCUGACUAAAAACUCUUCAAAGGAAACUGAUAAAGAAACAGUUCUUGAAAAUGGAAAUGCCACGGAAACCGAAAUAAAUGGAGAAAAAUCGAAAGAUAUUAAGGGAAAUGAGACUGAUUUAAAAGAGUCUACUGUCGAAAACAAAGACACUUCUGCAAAAGACUCUACCAUAAUAAAAACAUCACACGAGACUGAAGAAUUAACAAAAGAAACGAAUUCAGAUUUAAUCAAAAAUGAAAAAGACGAUAAAGAAGAUUCUGCAAAUGUUAAUGAUGAAAAAAAUGAUGUCCCCGCAGAAGUUGAAAGUAUAGAUAAGCAGCCAACAGACAAUUACACUGCAGAAAAACAAGACAUUCCGGCAAGCGAAGCCAAUGGUACUGUGGACGAAAUCCAUCAAAAUGGGAGUAACGAUGUGUUCGAAGAUGAAGAAAAGUCUAAAUCACAAAUUGAGGUAAACACCAACACUGGUAAAAACACUUCAGCCGAAACCUUAGAAUCCAAUUCUUCCUCUACACCCAAUACUUUCCCCAAUGACCAAAAUCUUAAUAUAUUGGACGAAAGAAGCAACGAUGUAGGGGUGGAAUCUAUUGAACAAAAAAAUUGUUUCGAUUUAAAAGAAUCUGGACAAGAAGAUGAAACAGCAGAUAAAAAAAUUGCAGAUGAAACAUCCCCUCCUCCCCUACCUAUAUCGCCGCCACCUUCCCAGGUUUCAGUGUUCGCUUUUACAAACAGCACUGAAAGAGUAGAAGAAUCUGAAAAGGAAAUAAAAACUAAUCCAAAUGAAGAAAUAGCGGAAGUAAACAUGUCAACCACUAAUACUACUUCUGAUCUUCAAAUUAAUGUUUCUGAAAAUGAAAAUCAGCUCCCUGUAAAUGAUAUUUGUCGCACAGAAAAAGUUGUUAGCAAAGAAGAAGAACAUAUUGCAUGUGAGGAAUCUAUACAAAUCGAAGUUAAGUUGACGGAAGUUCAGGAAUCUGAAGACAUUCUCAAUAAUGAAAAAAAUGAAGAUGAUAGUCUUAAAGAAAACGCAAAUGAAACAGAAGCGGAACAAAAUAACCCUAAACAAGUGAAUGAACAAGUUCAGGAAUCUGAAGACAUUUUCAAUAAUGAAAAAAAUGAAGAUGAUUGUCUUAAAGAAAACGCAAAUGAAACAGAAGCGGAACAAAAUAACCCUAAACAAGUGAAUGAACAAGUUCAGGAAUCUGAAGACAUUUUCAAUAAUGAAAAAAAUGAAGAUGAUAGUCUUAAAGAAAACACAAAUGAAACAGAAGCGGAACAAAAUAAACCUGAACAAGUGAAUGAAAAAUAUGAACACAAAAUAUCUCUACCAGGGGAGGAAGAAGCAUGUUCUGAGGAGACUGACAUUGCCUCUAAUAAUGAAAUUGUAGAAAAGGAAGCAAACGAAAUUGUAUUUAAUGAACAAGAGGAAACAAUUGCCACGGAACAUGAGGCAACAUCUAUUGAUAAAAUGUGUACUGAGCAUUUCAUAGAAACCGAACAAGAAAUCCCAAUAAAUGUCGAUAAUUCCAGCGAAAACAAGGAUGUUCCCAAAAUCGAUGAAUUGAAAACCCAGAAUCAAGAAAACCCUGUAAUUAGUAUUGAUUCAAAUAAUGAACGUCAUUCAGACUCCGAUUGUUUUGAAAAUAAAUCAACAGAGUUAUUGCCCGAAAAUGACACGAAUUCAAAAAUGUCCGAAAAUGAAUUCGUUGCACCUGAAAUUUCUGACGUCACGACGAAAGGCGGCGAUACUAAUAAAAUUUCCAAUGAAAUGGAAAAUUUGAUUGGAGAAGAAUCAAAGGACUUCACCAACCCCAUUGAUCUUAAGGAAAGCACCACCGAAGCAGAAUUCAAACAGGACGCUACUGUGUCAUGCGAUUAA